AUAAGUCCUCUCCAAAACAACGUUCUCUCUCACCACCUGUUUCUGGCUUUAAUCGCCUCGUCGUGUCCGCCGACUGUGUUUUCUGGUGCAGAUGGAGGACAGGCUAAGCAUUUUGCCAGAAAGUCUGCUGCUUACCAUUCUUUCCUUGUUGCCCACAAAAGAGGCAGUACGAACUAGUGUUCUUUCAAAGAGAUGGAGAAACCUCUGGACCUAUAUAGUCAAUUUGAAUUUUGAUGUGUCCCUGCUACCACCUCAACUUCACUACAAGAAAACCUAUCUUGAUAGGCUCCGUAGAGAGCUACGCUAUGUCAAAAAACAGCGAAGAGCAGAUCUGUUUAUCGCUAUUGUAAGCCAGUUCAUGCGGGCUCAUCGCAGUACUAAACUUGACACAUUAAAGAUUGGAUUUUGCCUCUUCUCUGAUCAUUCGAACUCUAUUGAUGAGUGGAUUAGUACUGCUAUUGCAGCUGAUGUGGAAAACCUGGAGCUUGACUUGGAGGCAGAUAUGAUCUAUAUAACUGAGGACGAGGUCGCACCAUAUGAAUUUCCUCUUCAUUUUUUAGCUAAUCAAUCUGUAAAGUGCCUGAAGCUUCUUCGUCUGGUACGGUGUGAUCUGAGAGGUGCUGACUUUAUUGGUUUUAGAGCCCUUACUUCCCUGCACCUGGAAAUUCUGACACUGGUUGAUGAGCAGCUGGAAAAUCUCUUAUCGCAUUGUGUACAUCUUGAGAAGCUGAGACUGAUAAAGUGCUCCAAACUUGUCACUUUGAAGAUUACAUGUAGCAUAGUGCAUCUAAAGUAUCUCAUGGUGUUUGGGUGUUUUGAUCUGAAAAAAGUAGAGCUUCAGUCUGAGAGCCUUGAGAGUUUUGUUUAUGGUACAAGGACAAUACCUAUAACAUCUCAAAAGGCUCCGAAUCUAGUGAAGUGUUAUUUGCGUCAGGAUAAUGGCUCUUUUAUUCGUCUGGCCGUCACUAGUGUUCCUUAUCAGUUUCCUCAUCUUCAGAAGUUGAUGCUGGAUGUGCGCCUUGUAGCUAAUAUAGGGAUACUGCCAGACGUCCCUGCAAUGUUUACUAGCCUCAAGCAUCUCAUAUUGUCCGUUGAGAUGGAUAUUAAUAAUGUUGUUUCAUGGAUAACCAGAUUUCUAAAGGCUGCACCGUUGCUGCAAAAGCUUGAACUGCAUAGAUCUCAAAUUUUUCAGCCAUAUGAAGGCAAAAGAAUCCAGGAACCACUUAAGUGUACACACAACCAUCUUGAGACAGUUGAAAUAAGUGGUCUUGGCAGACACUGGAUCGUGGAGGAAAUUGUGGCCAUUCUACUAGACAUUGCCAGUAAAUUAAGGGUGCUGACAUUUCGACGACAAUGGACUGAAAAGGAUCAUGAAACGUGGGAGACAGAGAGAGAUUAUGAGUUUCAGCGGUAUGCUGUGCUGAGAAGGCAAGAUGUUCUCAUGCAGCUUGCCGGGCUACUCGCAGGCUCAGCUGAUUGCAAAAUAACGAUUCUGUGAUCCUUCCAACCUCAUGUAGUGUUUGAUACUUGAAUUAUAAUCAUAUGUAGGAAAAGAUAUUUGGAUCGUACUCUUAGUUUGCUUUUGUUGUUGUUGGCUUUUUACUAGCAGUACUGAGAACCCUCCGUGAUGGCUUUUUACUUUCAUGAAUGAACUAUCAUGCUUUUCUAA